UCCAGUGUUUGGAAACGAGUCCCUAUCUGACGACACCGCGGAUAAGUAGUGGAAAGGAUCCCGAAACAGCGUUCAACCGACUGCUCAGCUAAAACGACACCUAGAAAAUUUUAAGUUUUUAGUAGUGAAGUGACCGAAAAGUGCCAACAUGUUAAAUGAACCGAGCAUACCAAUGGCCUGGGGCGCAGCGAUGAGUAAUAUGACCGUUGUGGACAAAGUGCCUCCAGAGAUGUUACAUCUGGUAGACGCACACUGGUAUCAGUUUCCGCCACUGAACCCGCUGUGGCACUCGAUAUUGGGAUUUACAAUUUUUAUCCUGGCAUGCGUAUCAGUGGCUGGCAAUGGAUGCGUCAUGUACAUCUUCAUGACUACCAAAGCGCUGCGCACGCCCUCAAACCUCUUCGUAGUGAAUCUCGCCUUCUCCGACUUCUUCAUGAUGUUCUGUAUGGCACCUCCGCUGAUAAUCAACUGUUACAACGAAACCUGGGUUUUUGGACCGCUCGCGUGCCAAAUUUACGGAUUCCUUGGCUCACUGUUCGGUUGUGUUUCGAUCUGGAGCAUGACGAUGAUUGCCUUCGACCGGUAUACCGUGAUCGUAAAGGGACUCUCGGCGAAACCGAUGACCUUCAAUAGCUCCCUGCUGAAAAUCCUAAUGGUGUGGCUUAAUUCUGUUCUCUGGACUGUCGCUCCAGUGUUCGGUUGGAAUAGAUACGUACCGGAAGGAAACAUGUCAGCCUGCGGAACAGAUUACCUAUCCCUGGAUCUUCUCAGCACUUCGUACAUCGUGGCAUACUCUGUCUUUGUCUACUGGUUGCCUCUAUUCCUGAUCAUUUACUCUUACUAUUAUAUUCUUAAGGCCGUAUCUGAGCAUGAGAAAAACAUGCGUGAACAGGCGAAAAAGAUGAAUGUCGCCUCGCUGCGAUCAUCGGACGUCGCUAAGCAGAGCGCCGAGAUCAAGCUGGCAAAGGUUGCUCUGGUCACCAUCUCGCUGUGGUUCAUGGCAUGGACUCCAUAUCUGGUGAUCAACUAUGCUGGAAUUUUCCAAACGGCACCCAUCAGUCCACUGUCCACCAUUUGGGGAUCGCUGUUUGCCAAGGCCAACGCCGUCUACAACCCGAUCGUGUACGGUAUCAGCCAUCCGAAGUACCGGGCGGCUCUGUACAAAACCUUCCCCUCGUUGGCGUGCACCACGGACAAUACCCCGGUUGCGGACGAGCAAUCGGUGGCUUCAGGAACAACGAUUUCUUCGGAUAAUAACAACUGCAAUGCGUAAAGGUGACUUCGACAAACGGCAAAUCAAAACAAAACAAAUGACGAGAGACUUCGCUCUUCAGACCGGAAUGGGAUGUUAAAGUUAAUGUGCACAGAGUUCGGAUACUGCAAAUGAGAACAAUAAACAUAAUUCAGCAAAUUUAGCAAAUCAUGCAA